AUGUUGCUGAUCGUUUUGGCGGCAGUUGUUGCCACAGUCACUUGUCAAUAUGGUGGAUACGGUGGAGGUGGUUAUGGAGGUGGAAACUAUCCACAACAAUACCCAAGACCACUCUCAAAUCCCUUCUACGAUUCAAGCAGCAGCAGCAGCAGCAGUGGCAGCCAUGAGAAGUACAAAUGCCGUCGAUGCAAGCACUCAAAACUUGAGGGAUCUUGCGAGGAUUCGACCGAGUACACGAACGCCACCUGCAAGGAAGCCGAUUUCGAUUACACUGGUGAAGACGGAUGUGCCUUCGCCAUUGUGUCGUGCCGUGCCAAGAAGAAUCUCGUUGGAGCCAUUGUUCCAAAGGAUGGAAAAAAGACUAAGCCAAUCGUCGUCGGUUUUGGAGACUUGCACUUGACUGUUGAUUGCUCGAGUCACAAGAAAUGGUACGUGGGAAAGCACCACCGCAAGCAUCGCUCCUCUUCAUCCGACUCCUCUUCAUCAUCGUCAUCUGGAGACAGUCAUGACCGCAGACACAAGAGAUCGAUUGAAGAUGGAGAUGAUCAAGGAGAUGAUCAAAGACGUGGUGGACGUGGAGGAGAUGACGACGAUCAUCACCAUCAUCACCGACGCCGAAACAAUGGCAACAAUGGGCCAUGGGGAAAAAGAGAUGGAGCAAAAACCGUGACGUCACCAACCUCGUCUGCUUGUAUUUUGAUCCCGCCGAUUUCACCACAACAACCGCCGCUCCAACUACCACAACCACAAUCGCCACUACUACAACCACCCCUUGUUCAAGUGCCCUCGAAUCUAACGGUUUCGGAGCACGAGGGUAAAUGGAAAAAACCAAGAAUCGAUCGGAAGCGCAAACAUGCCGCUAAAGGU